GGGGUUAACAUCACUGCAGUAUUUGCUGUCCUUUUACCUUCGAGAUUCAUGUCAGAUUUGGUCCACCUGUUUCUUUUAAGGACACCGAAUUCUUCGGCCCUUAAUGGGGUUCUGAAUUUGGAUUCAACAUGCAACACUGAUGCCUACGAUCUAGCACAAAUGCAUUUUUUAAUCAGAGGGGGAUUUGUGAGCCGCUAACCAGUUCCAGCUGAUCAACAAACCAACCAGUCAACAGUCAGUCAGUAAGGAUGUUUCAUUUCUAUAAGUCACACUUGCCUCUGCUGUUGUUUGCUGCUCUGUGGAGCCUCAGCUACCCAAGUUUGCUUACCGCCUGGCCGGGCAUCAGUCGCAGCAAGCCCAAGGAUCAGCUGGACCCUAACGUGCGGGACUGGGGAGACUAUUCAGACCUGCCUCCGGGGAUUGAGCAGGGGUUGGGGUUGGACGAAGAACAUGGAGACAACAGAGGAGUUGGAGAGUCCUCAUCAAGCCUGGCUACGGAGCUGGAUUUCCUGGCUGACUUUGCAGGUAAAAAGCGACUGUGGGUGAUAACAGCCCCAUCACACAAUGACCACUACCUUCGUUUGAUGGAGAAACAACUGGAAGACAUGGAACAGAAAGGGCUCAACUGCCGUCUAGCAGAAAGAGACACAUUCAUCAUCACCAUCAUCCAGAACGCCAUGAUGGAAGGUCGAAUCCAGAAAACAACUCUCCAAGGAGACGCCACAGUGGAGAGCCUGGACUCCGACACUGUUAGCAAACUGCUGCACUACCUGGAGCUCACCAGCCAGGAGCAAGGGUUCACCAUGCUGGUUCUGAAGAAGAACCUUCGGGUCAGUGAGCGCUUCCCCUAUGCGGUCCGUGUUGAGGCAGUUUUGGAGCUCAUUGAUCAUUUCCCCAUGAGGAAGCUGGAGAAGAUGACAAGAAAAGGAUCCAAUUUGAGGUGUAAAACCACUAAAAAGAAGGUUGUGAUGAAAAGGAAAAAGAUGAAGAAGAAGAUGGUACUGAGCCCUCAGAGGCAAGGGAAUAUGACUUCGGUUGUGGCAUUACAAAGAAAACCUCCCCUGGACAAAAAAGCUGUCCUGAAGAGUAAAAUCCAGGAUAUACUGAGUGGACGGUCGAGGUUUGUUAUCCGUACGGUGCCUGCUGCUGGGUCCACGAAGGGAAAGGCCUCGACCAGUGGUGGCCGAGACACUUCUAAUGGACAGGAAAGAGUGCACAGCCCUACAUCUGUGUCAAAGAGCAACGAAGAAGUGAAGAAAGACAGGCCUGACUCCACUGUGGAAGAAGGGAAGAGAAGACAUGAAGGGAAAAACAGUGAAGAUGAAAAAGAAAAACAGAGCUCUAAGAAAAAGGGUAAAGGGAAAAAAGGUAGGAAAGGGAAAGGAAGAGGGAAAAAGUCCAACAGAGAGGCCAGUGAGAAUGAUAAAACAGCACUGAAGAAGUUUUUGGACAGUUUAAAGGGGAAAAGAAGGUUAAUGUUGAUCUCAACGCCCAGCAGAGAUGCGACGCUGUACAUCCAGCAGAAAGACGACAGCGAGAAACAUCACUGUGACCUUGCUAUUAGGAUGAUCACCGUGGCGACCAUUGUGGGAGGCGGAAGUGACGCCACGCUCACGCUGCAACACCACCAGCUCGAGUCGGAACCUCCACUCAGUGACCAAUCAGAACAUUUCUCAGAUUCAGGCCUGGCCUCUGUGUUGAGAGCAGAGUUCGGCCUGUCGUCCUCUGACCUCUUCUCCAUGACCGUCACAGACUACGACAUUAAGCCCAAUAGCGUCUUUGAGGCUCCCCCAUCAAGUACUGCUCUGUUCGAGUACAUUGACAACUUUCCCUCAAGGCGCUCAGAAAAAGAAAAGGAAAGGAGGAGUCCUCCGUCCUGCUCCAAUGGCAAGCAAAAGCCUGGAGCUGAGAAUUCACUGCUCAGGUUCAUGUCUAAAAGGAGACUGCUGGUCGUCUCUGCUCCGUCUGAGGACGACUACUCCUUCCAACAGCAGCAGUCUGCUCUCAGUGGACAGGAGUGUCACCUGGGCAUUCGCCACUUUGCCAUGUUGAAGCUGACUGGAACUGGAGACAAAGCGUCAGGAACGGUUGAACUAUUUCCCCUCAACGGUCGUAGUCAGAGUGAAGUUGAGCCGUUAUCCCGUGACAUGGUCAACAAUCUGAGAGAACAGCUGAAGAUCAGUAAGGACUAUUUCAGCAUGCUGGUUGUGGGGAAGGAUAGCGAUGUCAAGGCGUGGUUCCCAUCACCCAUGUGGUCCCUGGAUAGCAUCUACGACCUGGUGGACUCCAUGGAGCUACGCCUCCAGGAAGAGAAGCUGCAGAAGAAACUGGGGAUCCACUGCCCUGAGGACAGAGGGAGAGGAGGCAGUGAGGGGGGGCAUUAUCACGGCUAUGAUGAAGACGGGGUGGAGGAGAUGUACUUGUAUCACCAGUCAGAGGAAUGAUGAGAAAGGAGGAAGAAGAUGCAGUGGAGUGAGGAAAAGCUACCUGAAUUCUUGAGAUGACUAGGCAAAUACAUGAACACACAAAAGCAAGUUAAUACGUAAACUCAUCUUCAGGACUCACAGGUCCAGGACUCACAGACCCACAAUUAUAAGAUACGUUUGAAAAGCAGAGCAGAAUAUAUUGGAAUGUUUCAUUCAAGAAAGUCUUAAUAAAAGCAUAUGUGCACCCUU